UUUCGCUUCGUUCGGUUUUAGUUUGAGUUUUGUUGUGAUUCCAAAUUGGGCCAGAAACGAUAGUUCCGACGCAACCGCCCACUCUCACGCCCACACGCACUCGUCCCUUGUCAAGGGAGACAAAAGGAUUCACACAUAAAUCAAAAGUGAAGUGAAGUCAAUUUAGAAUUUCUCCCACCAUUUUUCUUCAAGGAAAAACAACAUAAACAAAAUGCGUUUCCAGCAGUUGCUGCAAAUGCGCAGAUAUGCGUCCGCCACCCUAAGAAGGUCCGUGACAGCAACAACACCAACACCGGCAACAACAACAACAACAACCACAGUACGCACGAUGGCGGGUAGCGGGGCUGCAAUACCAGAGCUCACACAGAUCACGGACAAUGUGCAACGUGGAAAUUAUGCAGAACUAAAUGACAAGGAUGUGGCACAUUUCGAGAAAUUGUUGGGUAAAAAUCAUGUGCUAACCGAGGAUCUAGAGGGUUAUAAUAUCUGCUUUCUAAAACGCAUACGAGGUAACAGCAAAUUGGUAUUAAAACCCGGCAAUACCGAGGAGGUGGCCGCCAUUCUACGUCAUUGCAAUGAACGGAAGUUGGCUGUUGUACCGCAGGGUGGCAAUACUGGUCUUGUGGGCGGAUCGGUGCCGAUUUGUGAUGAGAUCGUCUUAUCGCUGCAGCGUUUAAACAAAGUCCUCUCGGUGGACGAAGUGACGGGCAUUGCCGUAGUCGAAUCCGGUUGCAUAUUGGAGAAUUUUGAUCAGCGGGCACGUGAAGUGGGUCUAACAGUGCCUUUGGAUUUGGGUGCCAAGGCUAGUUGUCACAUUGGCGGCAAUGUAUCGACCAAUGCCGGUGGAGUGCGUGUAGUUCGUUAUGGUAAUCUGCAUGGCUCUGUUCUGGGCGUCGAGGCUGUUCUGGCGAAUGGUCAGGUACUCGAUUUGAUGUCAAAUUUCAAGAAGGACAACACUGGCUAUCAUAUGAAGCAUCUGUUUAUUGGCUCCGAGGGUACAUUGGGUGUGAUUACAAAGCUAUCGAUGCUCUGUCCGCACACUUCCAAGUCUGUAAAUGUUGCAUUUAUUGGUCUCAAUUCAUUUGAUGAUGUCUUAAAGACAUUUGUCAGUGCCAAGCGAAAUCUGGGCGAGAUUCUAAGCUCGUGCGAAUUGAUCGAUGAAAGGGCAUUGAACACGGCACUGGAGCAGUUCAAGUUCCUCAAUGCUCCCAUAUCGGGCUAUCCCUUCUAUAUGCUAAUUGAGACAUCUGGCAGCAAUGGAGACCACGAUGAGGAGAAAAUCAAUCAAUUCAUUGGCGAUGGCAUGGAAAAAGGUGAAAUUCUUGAUGGCACUGUCACUGGGGAUCCAGGCAAAGUGCAGGAAAUCUGGAAAAUACGCGAAAUGGUUCCACUCGGUCUAAUUGAGAAGAGUUUCUGCUUCAAAUACGACAUCUCCCUGCCUCUACGCGAUUUCUAUAGCAUUGUGGAUGUGAUGCGUGAGCGUUGCGGUCCCCUGGCCACAGUUGUUUGUGGUUACGGACAUUUGGGUGACUCAAAUCUUCAUUUGAAUGUGUCGUGUGAGGAAUUCAAUGAUGCCAUCUACAAGAAAGUUGAACCCUUUGUCUAUGAGUAUACAUCAAAGCUGAAAGGCAGCAUUAGUGCCGAGCAUGGUAUUGGUUUUCUAAAGAAGGACUAUUUACAUUAUUCCAAGGAUCCAGUGGCCAUAAAUUGGAUGCGUGAUAUGAAAAAGAUGCUUGAUCCCAAUGGCAUACUUAAUCCAUACAAGGUUCUUAACUAAUACUUUAUAUAAAUUUGUACAAGAUUAUUGUUUUUUUUUUUUUUUAAUUA